UGUGCGGCGCAGGCGCGUGCGGAUGGGUUGGAGUGGGUUUGGAUUGAUACGUGCUGCAUCGACAAAUCAAGCAGCGCCGAGCUGGCUGAGGCCAUCAAUUCGAUGUACGCAUGGUAUGCCCGCGCAGAGAAGUGCUAUGUAUACCUGACCGACGUCACGGAUGCAGCCCACCUCUCAAGCAGUCGCUGGUUCACCCGCGGCUGGACGCUCCAAGAACUUCUCGCUCCUCGCACUGUCCAGUUCUUCACUGCGUCUGGCAGUAUGAUCGGCAGCAGAGAGACUAUUGUCGAGCAAAUACACAAAAUCACAGGUAUUUCUCCCAACGCACUUCGCGGAGUCCCGUUGUCGAGAUUCAGCGUCGAGGAGCGCAUACGCUGGGCUGAUGGACGCCAAACGGGCCGGGACGAAGAUUUGGCGUAUUCGCUGCUAGGAAUCUUCGACGUCACCAUGCCCGUUGUAUAUGGCGAAGGAGGGAAGAAGGCAAUGCUUCGCCUGCGGAGAGAAAUC